AUAAAUGGAUUUGUCAAGGAAAUUAUAAAAUAUGGAAUAGAAAUAAUUCAUUGUGAUUUUAAAAGAUUAGUAUUUUCAACUAAAACUAAUAAUGCAGAUGAAGCAGCAAGAUGUCUUCAGCAUGUAUUAGCUUUGUUGAAAAAGGAUGAGUUUAAAUAUUUAGUGAUCAGAGCAAGUGAAACAUAUUCAGCGCUGAGAUGGUUAAAUGGAGAUAAUUACGUUGGAAUUAAAGGGGCUAAUGAAGAUAAUGAAGCAGACUAUGAUCUGAAUUAUGUUAUAAGAUUGCAAAUGGUAGAGAAAGUAAAUUAUAUUGAGGACAUAACAAAAGAACAUAUUAAAGAAUUUUUGAGAGAUUUUAUAUUUUGGUGUCGUGAUGAUAAAAUAAGUCCAGGUGAAUUAAUGACAAAUACUGGCAACAAAGUGAAUAGUUUUAUUGGAAUACUGAAGAAGAAAAGUGCAACAUUGUAUAUUAGUAUAGUAUGUACACUUUUGGAAAUGGUGGUAGGAAAAGAAAGAUCCCAACAACUAAAAAGUUUAUUAUGUAUUAUGCAAGGAAUGAGCGUUUAUAGCGAUGAUGUAAAAAAUCUUUCUAGUAAAGAAAGUCACGAUGUUAUUGGAUAUGCGUGUGAAUGUGGACAAGUGGAUAAUUAUCAUAUUAAUAAUUUUGAAUGUUCAUAUUGUAAUGAAGAUAUAACCAAUAACAAAGAUUUUGAAUUAUUUUUAAUUCAUUAUUUGAACAUACAACUUGAUGAAUCAUCAAUGACGAAAGGGGAAGAAAUCAUUGAAAAAUUGCAAAAAUUUCACAAGUAUUGCACAUUUGGUUUAGAUAAAUCCCUUUUCGUUUUAGAGGUUCAGUAUAAUAUGUUGGCAUUGGAAAUGAUUCAAGCAAACACAAUCAACCUUGAGUUUGAUAGCCAUAAUCCCAACUUGUGUUUUAUGAACAUAAGAGUUAUUCUAAAAACGCCACUAAUUCACAUAAAAAAAUCAAACAGCAAAUAUUGCGGAUCGUGUCAGAGUACACGUUAG